UCGUGAAAAGGGCUUCUGUAGUGGCGCCGCGUCAGAUGCUUAGCUAACAGUAAUAACACGGUAAAACGACGGAUAUUCGGUUCUCGCUCAGUAUUACGAGGCAGUGUGAGGUUGUCAGUAAUGUAUAUUGGUCCGUCGUCUACACUUUGAAGGCUCUCUCGUAGCACUGAUAAUGCUGAAAAUGAAGCUACCGACGAAAACGGGCGAGGAAGGAGGUAACCAAACGGCUAAGAACGAUUCAUUGGAUCGGCCGAAGCACCAACAUGUUCUCGGGGCGGCAUCUCCCUCCGUGGCGUAUGACAAGCUGGGGGACUCGCCCAGACCUCCGGUGCAUCCAGCACAACUGGACAAGGAGAGCGUCUUUGAGUGGUUCGGCCUGCACCUAAACCCUGCUAAGCGUAUCGAGUUCAUGUGCGGGCUGUUGCAUAUGUGCCAACCCCUGGAGCUCCGUUUUUUAGGAUCUUACUUGGAGGAUCUCGCUAGAAAAGAUUACCAUGUUUUACGGGACUUUGAGUUUCGAGCAAAUAGUCCGAGCGAUUUGGGAGUGUUAACGGACGUGGUUGACCCAGUGAUCAGGUCUAAACUCCUAGUCUGCCUGUCCCUCCUCGGGUCUGACAGCAGGGAAUGUGCUGGAAUACUCUUUCGGAUACUCAGCCAUGUCAACCCGGCCUUGUUCUGCAGAAAUUACGACUGCCCCCUCCCUCCAUUUAGGGACUCUCACGUUCACUCGCCGUGUCAGGCCGACAGUAUGUACGGAGAUUCAGAAGAAGACUGCGGCUUCUCUGCAAACGACACAGCCGGAGGACCUCUGGAGCAGAUUGCGCUGCUUUUUACUAUGGCGUCCCUGCACCCAGCCUUCCACUUCCACCAACGCCAAGUUGUUCGGGAACUGCUCGACAAAAUAGAGCUUGCUAUGGAGGAGGGAAAGCGUCAACGCCAGCGUAGAUCAAACGUCCAAGCAACGGAGCUGAUGGGCCAGAAGGGAGAUUACCUGGCCUCUCAAGGGCUUGGGCUAGGAGAGUGUCCAGCCUCCCAUCCACCUUGCCAGAGCCGACGGUCCAGCCGCAGGGCAACACAGAGAGAAGCUGUGCAUAUCGAGGGAAUUGUGCUUAGGGGCAUCUGUCGGAAGAGAACGGACAAGGAAUACAAUUUUGAGGUGAAGUGGUCCGACUCCUCUUUCAGCAAAGUGACCAAAACCCAUUUUGAGCUGGAGAACUUCCUCCUGAAGCUUCCGAAGGAUCAGUGUACGGAGUCCUUUGAGAAGAGCAUCUUGAGUCUUUUGAACCAGGGGGGCCAGUAUGAGAGCAGGGAGGUGGAGAAGAACCUCAGAGAGAGGUUCCUGUCUGCACCUCCGCUGUUCAGGCAGGCCAGGAAGGUCUGCAGCUUCUUCAACUGUGAUUCCAGUUACGCUGCUAAACCUACUUGUAGCAGAUGCAACUGUCAGCUGGGCACAGCCUACCAGGGAGACUGCUCCGAUGCCUCCAGUCAGGAGGAAGGUGAGAAGAAGCAGCUUUCAGAGUCGUAUCUACAGGGACACAAGAAGAAGCACGGGUCCAAGAGUCCAUGCCAGCUCGGUCUGUCGGGUGCCAAAGGCUCCCAGGUGGACCCUCGCAGGGGAGGACACGCCGCAGAGCUCAAUGGGCCUGCAGAGAGGAGGAAGAAGAGCUGCGCACCGCGAAGCAGCCAGGAAGCCGAGCAGCACCAGGACACAGACAAGAGAAGCCACCCAGCCACCAAAACCAAGAGCAGAGUGCUGCCCACAGAAGGGGAGAAGGUGAAGUGCAAGUCCUUUGUGUCCAACGGGUGUUUGGUGGCAGCCCCGAGGAAAGAUGGUGGUUCAUCGUCAGAAAGCUGCAGCUCCCCAUCCAGCCCACAGCACCGAGGACCAGAGAGCCUGGAAAGUGAGGAUGAACACAACAAAGAUACAGAUAGCCCCUGUGACGAGCUCUGUAAAGGACCAGGCUCUGACAUGUUCUUCACCGGCCAGACUGACUCUGCUGUGCUGGCGGAGGCCUCCUUUAGCAGCCUGGAGGGGAGAGCAGACUUCCCCCAUAUUUCCUUCAUGCAUAAUGUGAGCUACAUACUCCCCAACGGAGCUGCGGAUGCUGGGCUCCCAUUGGGUUCACUUCCUGGCCAGAGCAUGGUUCCAGAGGGAAAGCCCUCACCAGGGCCGCUAAUGAUUCCGAUGCCCACACUGCCUCCAGCCGUCUCUGGAAUUGUGGACGACCCGGAGAAGAGGGAUGUUGUCCAAACCUUUGGGAUUCCACCUACUGGACUGCAUCCUGCAGGAACUUCUGCCAUGCAGCCCUUGAUCCAGGGCUUCAAAACGGCUUUGUCUCACAGCCAGGGCGGCACUGACGGAGCGCCGGGGAGUGGAUCUUCACCUGCUGCACCGCAGGUUUCACACCAGGGUCCAAUCAGACCCGUCAGCGUCAUGUCUUCUCCAAUACUAACCUGCCAAGACCCAGCCAACAUCAGCCCGGGCCUGGCCUCUUCUCUACCACAUGUGGAGACAUCGCAAAGCAAGCGCCCAGGCUUACCGUCUGCCCUGCCUUCUCCCUACGCCCUGCCCCCCGUCCCAAUGCCAUCUCUGGGGGCACCCGUGGCCCCUGGACAAGUACAAGCUGCUGUUCCACCAGCUGUGCCCACACACACCCCUGGACCUGCCCCGAGCUCUAGCCCAGCACUUACACACAGCACGGCACACAGCGACUCUACAUCCUACAGUAACAGCAGUGCUUCCACUGGAAGCACCCCGGUCGCUCCUGGUAGCUCUCUCACUCUCCAGCAGCCAGCAGCACCGCAGCAGCUGCCAAUGGGCUGCGGGACGUGUGGCUGUCACAAUAACUGCGGCAGCCGAAGCAGCAGUGUGAGCGUCGCCUCGGGUCAGACGCCUUUAUUCUUCCCUGGCCACCAGAUGGCAGCAGCGCACCAGCUGUUCAGUGUUCCUCCACCGCUCUUCCAGAUCACAAGCCUGUGCAAUAGCAGCUACCUCACCCAGGCUCACCCUCCUCACCAGGCCAACGGACCCACCUCCAUGCCCCCUUACUUCCCCAGUGCUGCUCCAGCACAUCCAUCCCCUUACCUUAACACUCACACCCAAAGUCAUGCAGAGGUACCAUCGCACAUGCUGGCCACGCAGGCUACAGCAGUGGUAGCCGCCAGCUACAGCCUCCAGCAGCCGAUGGCUCCAAACACUUCGUUCUGCCACCAUGUCUACCAGCAUGUGUACCCUCCCCUGGGGAUGCUGCCUCCCUCUCUGUUGGGGGGAGGUGGCGUCAAUAAGAAGAACGGGAACGUGUCCUGUUAUAACUGCGGUGUGAGCGGCCACUUUGCUCACGAAUGCAACCAGCCCUCCAUUGACUCCACACAACAAGGUGGGUUCCGGUUAAAGUACGCACCGUCCCACAUCUCAGACGGCCCUGACAACGCUGACUGAAGAACACGAGGAGGAUGGAGGAAGUUCCUGCGACCUCGUUUCCAUGGCGGCAGCCUCUUCCCUGGGAGCUGUUUGUGAGCAGCGUGAUCAAGCUUCUGUGUUCGCCACCGCAUCCUCUGAACAGGACCGACCUGCCAAGGGCUCCGUGGACAAAGCCCGAGUACUCGUGCCUGGAAGAAACCUUCAUCCCGUGGGGAUUACUCAUUGCACACGCAAACUGUCCAUGUGACUCGAAGCCCCACCCCCUUUCAGUUGUUUUUUGAUAUUUUUGCACUGAGGGUCGGAAAUGAUUAACUUAUUAAUUCUUAGGAAGUGAAAGCUAUUUUGAGGAUAUUUAGUUUUAACAUUAAGCGGAGCCUUCGGUCUCGACUGGGAGCUUCUUAAACACUUCUUUGUAAGAGCGUAUUUAUGCCUUUUCUUAACUGUUCACGAUUUUAUUGUACAGCAGUUUUCAAAGACUACGAAUCAAAGAUGGAUUUUGUUUUCAAUUUUGCUGUAAGGUUUUUGAAUGUAUGUUUAAAGAGGAAGCUGAUUCAGAGUGGACGGAUCUCACGCAUUUUUGCCACUUGGUGUGUUUUUAGUUGAAGGGUAAUUGCUGCUGCUUUGUAAUUUAAUUUUCUUAUUGUUUUCCAUUUUUUAAAAGUUAUUUUUUUUGGUCAGAUGCACUAUAGAGAAGCAGGAGCCACUACAACAUUGUGCACCGGAUACACGUUCACGUAAACAUUUUAUUGGUGUUCAUUUGAAAUCUGCAUGAAUUGGCCAACUGAUCAGCAUUUUGUGUAAAACGUCGUUUCAGGUGUAGAACCAAUUUUGAUGGCUAACAGUGGAAAAAGUUGAAGCGACAUACUGUAGAAAUAAAACUGAGAUUCCAGGUAAUGAGUCAGACCAGUUCUGUUCCAGGCAGCACGUUUGGUCCUCAACAUGUUGCUCUGAUUUAUUUAUUUUUCUCUUAAACCUUAGUAGCUGUUUCCUUUUAGCGUCCAUGCUCGGAGUGUGCAUCAAACUGAGACGUGCUGGCUCGUCGUGUCAGAAAGGCAAACGUGUUCAGUUUACUUCAUAUCCAAGCCCCCUCCAACAUUUUGCAUUAAUUAGUACUAAAGUUUAGGCCACUUGCAUUGUUGGGAAACAUCCUUUUCUCUGCUGUAACCAUGUUCACGUUUGGCCAACUUUAGCUACCCUGUGUUGCCCAAACAUGGUCGAGCAGCAGAAGUGUUGCCUCGGGCCCCUCCUCCAGCGUUACCUGGGCCGGUGUAUUUACAGCAACUACUGGUCUGAGGUGGGUCCAGUUUGAUAGUUUGGCCUGUUGGAAUCGUCAUUGAUCCGGGAAGCUCCAGACCAAUUAUCAGUGGAGUGUUUGAAAGGCAAAACUCGUCUUCUUUCAACCAAAGUUAGCCUUUAAUUUGAUCUACUAAAUGGCAAAGUGUCAUACAGCGUUCCCACGAAGCGCUCGUGCUGUGGGCAGAAGCUGUAACAUGGAAACUGACUUGUAGAGCGCAGACUGGGUGGGUCCAGCCUCUGACAGUUACAGGCUGAACUCAACGCUGUCACAGACACCUGACACUUUCUGGAUUCAACUGAAUCAAUUGAAAAGAUCUACAGUUUUGAUUUCUGAAUAUUUUAAGGUGGACUUUAGAGUUAUUUUGAUGUGGAAAAGCAGAACAGCAGAUUUAAAGCGAUAAAUAUUCUCUUGAGGUUUUUGUGACACAGAUUAAAGAAGGCAAGGUGUGAAUAUGGAGCCCCAAAGUGGUUGAGAGUACAUCAAUUAAUUGUUGAUCAUGUAGAAUAUAAGUGUAAUUAAAGGUGGCUUAAUUCAUAACCCAAUGUUAAGUUUUUAAGGAGGAUCUAAGAUUUUUCUAAUCUGUUUUUAGUUUAUAAUGGAGUUUGUCUGUCGCUGUUCCCUUAUGUUUUAGCUGAUAACUACAACUAUGCCACUACAACCCUGUGGCAUAGACUGUGUACACAAUGGGCCCACCCACUGUGAUAUCACCCACUGGUUAGUGAUGUUUGUUACCGGGCCUCAAACUGGCAGGUGAGGAGAAUCUGUGACACGGCUUGAUGACCUGUCGGUGACACGUCACAACUCGAUAACCAUAGUGGUCGCCCCCUGAUGGCCACUGAGAAUAAUACUGCACGUUUAAGGCACUGGCUUCACUUUUCACAUCAGUCUUUACUGUUCCAAGCAAACUGCUGCCCACAUUAGUCAGUCAGCACAGCUUAGAGUAACUAAUGCUGAAUCUAGCUGCUAGUGUAAUAUUCCUUCGCAGCGCUAACGACUUGGAUAAGGUUAUAAUCUAGUUUUCUGUUUAGCUAACAUUAGCUUAUUAACCAGUGACGUCUGAAGCCUUUUGAGCAGCCAUUCAGAAGCUUGGCAGCUUAACUGAGCAGCACGAGUUGCCUUGUAAAACAAACUUGGUUAUAAAUAAUCAGAGGAGGCUGUUCCCACAUUUCUGUUGAAUGUCUUCAGCACCAUUGCUCCAAGCAGCUAGCUGGCUAUAGUUGAAAGCGGGUGAUGAGCUUGCUUUGACACAUUUUAAUAUUAGAAUUUUAAAUGCAGUUUGACAAAAACAUAAUUCCCACCUCUUCUUUGGGUUCCAUAUGUAACAUUUAUUUAAGCAAUUAAGUUGUCAGUACAAAAUAAACGAGAUCAGUUCGAGAACACUCGUCGCUAACACAAAUGUAGGAUUGUUUUAUUUAUUAAUGAAGACGCUGACGUUUCUGGUCGCCAUUUGAUGCACUCAGGCUGUUCAGUGGUUGUUUUCAGAGCUUUGUGGAUAUGGUGCUUGUUUUUGUGCCGCGUCUGUCCUCCAUCAUUGCUCAGCCUGCUGUCAGUGCAUUAGUUGAUCUAUGCAUACAUGUUUGGAUCCUCCCCCCCCAGAUGUUUUAAAUUGGGUGACAAGAGAAGCAAGUGGUGGCGACGACAAGAUAUUUCAUGUAAAACUGCUGAAGAGAUGCACAAAAACAAAAAACUGUAGAUGGGCUUUAUUCAUGUUUCCCUUUGAAGUUCUUCCUU